GUAGGACAAUGUUUCACGGCUUGCUUGAGCUACCAGCGGCGCUUUACACGCCGCAACGGCCCUUGAGUUGCCCGCUUCACCAGUUCAUCGGAGUUUGCUUUACCUCAUGAAGCCGUCGCUUAAAGGAGUUUCUGCUGUGGAAAUAUUGUUUCCUGAGAAAGCCCUGUCCAAAAUGAGCAGGGCACCUGACACGAUACCCGCCGCCGCGGGCGCAACCGUGGCCGCCGCGCCCGUUGCCUCAGCGCCCGCCCCAGCCGGGCCGGAGGGAGUGGAGGCGGCGGAGGCAGAGGCGGCAGCCAUUCGACCCCACGCCGGCGACGGCAGCAGCCAACACACAGCCGGUGCACACAGCCGUGGCACGCCGCCAGCAAUACCACGGCCCCCUGCAGAUGCCACGACAGCAGCAGCAACAACAGCAAUAGGAACCAGCUCAGAACCGCACGAGGGCGCAGAGCAUAGACAGGCAGGGGACGCAACCGCACCCACAGCCACAGCCACAGACCCUGCACCCACCACAACCACCACCACAACCACUGGGGUGGCGCCGCCGCCGCCCGCGGAUGACCUCGUAGACGUGCCGCGCUUGCACCGCCGCCUUGCCGUGUAUGCCGCGGCGUACGGGCUGCCGGCGGCGGCGGCGGCGCAGCUGGCGGCGCUGCUGGCCACGCCGCUGGCGGCGCGGCUGCUGGCGGCGCCGCCGGCGGCGCUGCACGCGCAGCACCUGGUGACUGACGCCUACAAGCCGCGCAUGCACGUCAUGUACGACAGGUUCAUGACGGGUGUCACAGCUGACUUUGCGCUGGUGGUCCGCCGCGCGCCGCCCGCCGCCGACCCCGCCGCCUUGCCCGCCGCCCAGCCCGGCCUGUGGCGGCGCUUCACCGCAGCGGCGGCGGCGCUCAGCCGCCGCCACAUCGGCAGCGCCGCCGUCAGCGGCGCCAGUACGGUCAGUGAGGCGAAUGCGGCGCUGGCGUACGAGCAGCGGUACGGCAGCGGUAACGGUUACAUUUUCGGUUACGGCGAGGAGCCGUACGGGCCAUACGAGGUGGAGGCGCUGCGGACGCAGUUCGGGCUGGAGCUGCCGGCGACGUUGUUGGAGCGGUGUCGCGCGCAAGGCGUGGCGCCCGUGACGUGGCAGCGCAUCGGCGGCGGCGUCAGGCAGCCGCCGCCAGCGGCGGCGGCCGCAGCAGCAGCAGCCACAGGAGGCGGCGGCGGCGGCGGCGGCAUGCGGCUGCCGGCGGCGCAAUCGCCCGUCAACCACCCGCACCACGAGCACGAGCAGCAGGAGCACGGGCACCGGCUGCGACAUCGCGGCUUCCCGCCGCCGGAGGAGCAGGAGCAGGAGACGGAGCAGCGCUACGACUCGGGGUUCGGGUCGCGGGGCGGCCUGGACGACGGGGGCAGUGCCUCAGAGAGCGAAGACGGCGACGGCAGAUCGGGCGCAGGCACAGAGUCCGGGGAGGCCGCGGCGGCGUGGCCGGUGCGGCCCGGGCUCAGCCCUCGGCUGCAGGUGGCGGGGUCAGGGGCGGCGGCGGCGGCGGCGGCGGCGGCAGGGGAGGAGGCAGACUACACGGGGCGUGUCGCCAUCGCGUCAGGCCCCAUCGUGGCUGCCUCCCUGGUUGAGACCACGCUGAUGCAGCUGUUUCAGGAGACGGCGGUGCAGGCGCAGGCAGCGGCGCUCACGAAGCAAUACAGCACAAGCAGCGGCGCCGGCAGCGCAGAAGAGCACGACAGCGAAAGCAGCACCCGCAGCAGUAGCAGUAGCGGUACAAGCAGCAGCAGUAGCGCAUCCGUUGCUGGCGGCGGCGGCGCUGCCGGCAGUACGGAGGCGUACUGCUUCGACCGUACGGAGCGGUUGGCGAACAGCCUGGUGCGAUUGGCGUUGACGGUCGAGCGGAUCAACGGUCUCAGACACGGCCUUCGCAUCGCGCUGUUUGCAGGCCGCCGCUCCUCCGACCUGCUGUACCUGGUCCUGCAGAACCUGUACGCGGCCGCGCACCUGGCCGGCUACGUGGGCACCUCCAGCCUGUUCGCCGCCGCCGCCGUGUGUCGCCACUGGGCCGGCAUGCACGUGCCCGAGCGCGAGCGGUGGGGCGGGCCGGGCCGGCUGGUGGGCACACACGCACACGAGAUGUCCAUGGCGCUUCAGCAGCUGCUGGCGCCCUACGACGACGAGGCCGGCCGCCGCGCCGGCCUGCGCCGCCCGCUGGCGCUAUCGCCGCUGCUGGCGCACCUGCUCUUCCUGGCAGCCAACGGCGGCGGCGGCCCCGGCGGCGGCGGCGCUACGGCGCUGGCGGACACGUUCACGACGGCGGCGUUCAUCGCGGUGGCUCGGGCGGCGGCGGUGCCGCCCGGCUUCCGGCGGGACGUGGAGUCGGAGUAUGGGUGGAGCAUCCCCGAGCACGCGCGCUGCUUUGACUUGUUCAGGGUGUGGCGCAUCGACUCGGGGCGCUAUGAGGAGGUGGCGGCGCAGGUGGUGGCGGCCUGGGAGGAGCGCUGUGGCGAGCUGGCGGCGGCGGGUCGGCCUCCCCUUCGGCCGCCGCAGCUGAUGCACAGCAAUCUCGACAGCGUAGAGCAAAUCGCCCAGGUUGUGGCGCUGCCCGAGCGCAUCCGGCCCGCCACACUCGCGUUUGGUACCCUGGCCGACGGCUUCCUGCCCUUCCUGCCGGCACACACGGCACACACGGCACACACGGCAGCCGUACCGGGCAGCAACACGGACAGCAACUCGCAAGUGGCAGUGGCAGCUGCAGCGGACACCCUCAACGCCACCUCCCCCGCGCCGCAGCAGCCUCAACACCACCAGCCCCUACCCCAGCCGCCGACGUCACCCCCUCCCAAGCAGCAGCAGCAGCAGCAGCCACAGCAACAGCGGCCCACCAUCAGGCUGGCUUCAGUGGUCAUGAAGCUGGUGCAGGCGCGGCCGCCGCGGCCACUGCCGCCGCUGGUGCCGGCUGAGCCCACCACUCCCACCGGCACGGACGCGGCGGCGGCCAGCGGCGUGUUCAGCCCCAAGGCGCCGCCGCCGCGGCUGCCGCCGUGCGCUGUGAAGCUGGGAGACGGGGAGGUCGGGCUUGGCAGCAAGGCGCAGGUCGACCCCCGGCUGCCGGCGGCGGCGGCGCAGCGCGCGCUGCAGGCGGCGGCGGAGCUGGCGCACACGUCAUCCAGCCGGCGGCUGGACGAGGCGGCGGUUAGUGCCGUACUGUCGGAGGCGUACGACGCCGUGACGAGGGACGGCGUGCUCAUGGCGGCGGCGGCGGAUGACUAACGGUGCUCAGGAGGAGCAACGAUCGUACGACAGCGCUCGAACGUGAUCUGUGCAGUGUGCGUACGGCAUGCAUGUAUGGGAGGGGUUAUCGUACGGAGUUUGCGCCGUAGUGGCGGUCGGGUGUAGGGGCGGUGCGACAGUGUGGCUGGGCGCGGUGGGGAGGGAUGUCUAGUGUGCAUGCGGGGAGCGGGCGUGUGUUGCCGCCGCUCUUGCAAACGGUACGUCGCUUCUGGUUCUUGCGUUUUUUGUGUUUGUUGCUUGUCGUAAGUUGGUGCUGGGUGUUCUUGUGUGUGCACUGUUGGACCGCAUCAGCCCGCAUGAUGAUACAAUCAAGACAUACAGCAUACUGCAUUGCGUUUAGGGCAUUCUGCGAAGAGCCGAAGGCCUGUGCAGCGCUCACUGCGUGCUGACGGGUGCUUGCAGCGCAGCCCUGCUGCGCAGCCCGGUCCCGGACUCCCGGGCAGGACCGUCAGACCGUAAAGACCGUACGUUGAGGGUGUUGGUGGCGUGGGGCGCGCUUUGCUGAUGAGGGCCGAUAACGCAGUGCAAGCCAGGCAUUCCACACACCGUGCUGCAGGCGAAACAUGACAGCAAGUUGGGAAUGGUAUGGAAGGUGAUGCGCGAUGGAACCGCGUGCUUGGUAAUAAUACGCCUUUAUGGAGCUUCACGCUGCAAUGCGUAGCUCUCUUUAUUCUGAUGCGUGCUGUAGGUGGACGCCGCGGCUUGACGAAGGCGCGAUGAGGGUUGUUUGCACCAUCCCAUGAGAGUUGAGAAUAAAGAGUACGCAUGCAUGACUGGGUGCUGUGUGGCGGCCUGGCUGGUGACGAGCGAAGCGGUCACCGCGCAAUCUCGUUCGGGGGAAGGGGUGGGCACGUCAGUCGUACAGUCGGCAGGGUUGCAGGCGUGUGGGCAGGAAUGUAACCACGGAACCUC